CCGCUUUUUUCAAGCUGUCAUUUCUUAUUUAGAAAAACUCUUGCCAGACUUGCUUCUUUCUGCUUCCGAUCGAAAUUGAAAUAAAUAACUCUAGCUAUAGCAGCUAUUGCAAAAAAACAGAAUCUCCGCCAUUAUAAUUACGUUCGGUGAAACAUCCUGGAAGUGUUCUGUGAUCCGCUGAGAAUUUGCUACAGCUUGUGGUGUGUCGUAACUUUCUACCAAGCUACUGGUACUGCGAAAACGAAAGGAGACCUUUUCAUAUGAUAUAUACAUGUAUAUAGGGUGAAUUCAUUCCGACGGAUGGAUUAACUGUAUUCUCCGGGAGGAGACGGAAGCAUUUAGAAUAUUUACAUACGGUUUAAAGUGAGCUUAUUGGUUUUCUUUCUGCUUCCGAGUACGAUUGGCUGUAGGAAUAAUUGUGGUUCGCGGACCACUUGAAGAUUCCCGUAUCAUUUUUCUUUUAAAAUAGUUUCCCAAUACAAGCGUGAUGUACUAGACGCUCCGGAACUGAUCCGCUAAGAUGAGAACCAAACGAACUGUUCGAUCGGCUCAACCGUGUUCAUCCUCUUCUGAGGGAGAUGACAAAUGUGAAAUCAGUUCCAGCAACAAGGAAACACCAAAACAACCAUCGGUUCAAGAUAGCAAAGAGCAGAGUUCCACCCCAGAGGAACCUGUUACCAAUGGUAGCGCAAAUCCAGAACCGCAGACCGAAAGCGAGGAGGCUGAUAAAACGAAAGAGUCCGGAUGUGAGAAGAUUAGGAAAGAAACAACCGAAGUUAGCAGCACCAGUAAUGCGCCAGAAAACGGAAAUGCAGUGAACCAUGACAAUGGAAUGGAUGGAGAAAAUUCGUCCAUUCCAGGCAACGACAGCAAGCAACCCGACGAGCAGCUAGAGAAAGAGGAAGCGUCCGCUCCAGAACCGAAAAAGGUCAUUCGACUCGUGUCCAUUGAGAAAUUAUUGCGACCAAGUUUGCUCCCUCAAAAAAAUUAUAAAUCCACCCCGAAACAGACAUUGCAGGAAAAUGUGGCUGAAAGAUCCAGUAAAAGAUCGAAGAACGCCAGCGUUAUCGAGAUUAGUGAUAGCGAUGAGGAAGAUCAACCUCUGGCGAAAAGAGCUAGGAAGGAAAAGUCGCCCACGCGAAAGCUUUCAAGCGGAGAGAGUGCAGAUGAAGUAAUUCCGGUUGUACGGAAGACCUCCAGACAAACCAAGAAAGUCGUCACGUUGAUAGAUGACGAUGAUGAUGAUGACGACAAUAAUGAUCGUCAACAAGUUGCCAAACAAAAGAAAGCUUCUAAAUCAGGAAAGAAACUCACACCUGCAGCAACACCGGCAGGGUGUAAGGAUUGUUGUCUGAAAGUAAAUAAAAUGCCUUCAGAUCUGAAAACCCUUAUGAAGGAGUAUAAACUCUCCGCCAUUUUCGAUACGAGGAAUCGAUCGAUCUCACAUUUCGAAUCAAAUUCCAACCUGUUUGAUGUGUGGCCCCGGCAGGCCGUGCGCUCGAAAGGAACGGAAGCAAGCAAGUUAAGUGCGAAUGGCAAUGGCAAAAAGAGUAAAAGUAAAGUCGUUCAGUUGUGUGAUAGCGAUUCGGAUGAACCGAUCGCCAGUGCUUUGUCGAAAUCAAACAACAUUCCCAAAAACGAAACAAUGUCUAAGCGACCUGCCCGAUCGAAGCGACGACUUAGCGGAAGUGAUGAGGAUGAUAGUAGUGAUGAAGAUUUUGAGCUCAACAACAGAAAGAGCAAAGCUACGGGAAGAAAGCAACGCACGAGAGGGUCAUCCAAAUCAUCGAAGUCAUCCGAUGAGCAAGAGGAAGCGGUUGAUGACAGCGAUAGUGAUACGAGUGACUUUGAGAAGGAGGAGAUUCAACCUAAGAAGAAACGAUCCAGGAUCAAGAGGAACUCAUCCUCUUCGGAUGAUGACGGCAGCGGGAAAGAUAAGAAGAAAACCAAACAAAGCAAGAAAAAAUCGGAUAGUGAUGACGAUGAGGAAAGUCCCACGAAAGGACGCAAGAACAUUCGUAAAGUUCUGAAAAAGUCGGCACUAGAGCAGACAACAAAAGAGGCUGAACAAGAGGAACGAGAACGCAAACAACGCAUUGCCGAACGUCAGAAAUUGUACAAUCAGGUAUACGACGAAAAACCGGAAGAACUUAAAGAACUUACACAGUUAGUACUGGACUUCGAUGAGGAGACUAAGGAACCACUGCUGGAGGUGGACAAAAAAUUGGUAAAGAAGCUUAAGCCUCAUCAGGCGAAUGGCAUAAAGUUUAUGUUCGAUGCCUGCUAUGAGAGCUUGGAGAGGGCCAAGAACGGCAAAGGUUCCGGCUGUAUUUUGGCGCAUUGUAUGGGUCUGGGUAAAACUCUGCAAGUGGUGACGCUGUCGCACACUCUCCUCGCUAAUUCAAGAGAAACGGGAGUGGAGCGAAUUCUAGUGGUAUGCCCUCUUUCGACCGUGCUGAACUGGGUGAACGAAUUCCGGAUUUGGAUGAAGCAUGUCCGCAAGGGUACUGAAGUAGAAGUUUAUGAAAUCUCAAAAUACAAAAACAAUAUUAUUCGUGCCAAUCAGCUUAUGGAGUGGCACAACGAAGGUGGAGUAAUGAUUCUAGGCUAUGAUAUGUAUCGAAAUCUGUCAAACCAAUCCACGGCACGUAUAAAGAAGAAGGUUCGAGAGUCACUGCAAACGUCAUUGAUCGAUCCAGGGCCGGAUCUAAUAAUCUGUGAUGAAGGUCAUCUACUGAAGAACGAAAAAACAUCACUUUCCAAAGCGGUGAAUCGCAUUAAAACAAUGCGAAGAAUCGUGCUGACUGGAACACCUAUCCAAAACAACAUGAAAGAGUAUUAUUGCAUGGUACAGUUUGUAAAACCUAUGCUGCUUGGAACCUACAACGAGUACAUGAACCGUUUCGUGAAUCCGAUCACAAACGGUCAGUAUACCGACUCGACGCCGUACGAUAUUCAAUUGAUGCGGAAACGAGCCCAUGUGUUGCACAAACUGCUGGACGGAUGUGUGCAACGGAGAGAUUACGCCGUUUUGGCGCCAUUUUUACCCCCCAAGCUGGAGUUUGUCAUUUCCAUCAAAUUAACUUCCAUGCAGUGCACCUUAUAUAAGUACUACAUGGAACACCAAACAAAACGACAAAGUGAAGAGAGCAAACGUGCCUCCGUGUUGUUCGCCGACUUCCAGAGUCUGCAGAGGAUCUGGACGCAUCCUCGGGUGCUCCGGUACAACAGUGACCGAUACGAGUAUAUGCAGCAGAAGAAGCGCGACAUGGAAUCGGACGAAGAAUCGAUGGGGUCGAUAAAAGAUUUCAUUGACGAUGAUGAAAGCGAUGCGCAAAGUACACCUUCGGAAUCCGAUGGAGGUUCCAUCAGUAGUGACAGCGGGGGCAGUGUCGCUAGUAACAAAAAAAGUCGAAAGAAAAAAGAUAAUGCGGCACCCGCGCGACGGACGAGGAAUAAUCCCAACGUGGAAGAUGAUGAAAUCGAAGAGGUGGUGGAAGAAAAAAAAGAAAAUCCAACGGAAUGGUGGAUGUCCAUGUGUCCCGAGGAAGAGCUCGAUAAUCUGGAACACUCGGGCAAAUUGCAGGUGCUAUUUGAAAUCCUGAAGGAGUGUGAAGCUAUUGGUGAUAAAUUGCUUGUAUUCUCGCAAUCUCUCUACUCGCUCGAUGUAAUCGAACAUUUUCUAGCGUUAGUUGACGAGAACACGCAGAAAGAUGAAAGUGAUCGCGAUGGGAAUCUUGAUAAAUAUCAAGGAUCGUGGUCGCUUGGAUUGGAUUACUUCCGGCUAGAUGGUUCGACUACGAUUGAGAAUCGAAAUUCGGCCUGUAAAGUAUUUAACGACGAGAAAAACACCCGGGCACGGCUGUUCCUUAUAUCCACCAGAGCCGGGGGUCUCGGAAUUAAUCUAGUGGCGGCAAAUCGUGUUAUCAUUUUCGAUGUCUCGUGGAAUCCCUCGCACGACAUUCAAAGUAUAUUCCGCGUGUAUCGAUUCGGUCAAGUGAAGCCAUGCUACGUUUAUCGAUUCAUUGCGAUGGGAACGAUGGAAGAGAAAAUUUACGAGCGCCAGGUAACUAAACAGGCAAUCUCGAAACGUGUCAUCGAUGAGCAGCAAAUCGAUAGACACUACAAGGAAAACGACCUGCAAGAGCUGUACCAAUACGACAACAUUUCCACGGAUGAGCCGCGACCGAUGCCAAAUUUACCAAAAGAUCGUUUGUUUGCAGAAAUGUUGAAGAAGUUUGAUCCCUUGAUUUACAAAUACCACGAGCAUGACUCGCUGCUCGAGAACAAGGAGGAAGAAACACUCAACGAGGAAGAACGUAAAGCAGCUUGGGAAGAGUUCGAGCAGGAGAAGAAUCGACCUCCCAUCGCCAGCUUCGGCACUGGUGGUUUCGUGGGAUACAACAUGGGCAUGGGCACGGCAAUGCGAGCGAAUGGCCCCGUUACCUCGAGUAGUAUUUUCGGCUUUAGGAAUGAUGUUCUGCUGAAGUUGCUCAACAUGAAAGCUCGCCAGGACAAUCCCACCUUCAACGAUGUCAACAUAAAUGCAAUGAUUCCAUAUUUAAUGCAAGAACUAUGUCGGCAAAUGAAAGAUGGUGAUUUAUCGAUGUACAAACAUCUGCUGGAAUUAUAUUAUCAGCUGGAGGCACCGAACUUUGCGAACAUACCUGGAUAUAACAUGAUGAUGAUGCAACAGCAGCAGCAGCAGCCAAUGCAGCAACAAAUUUCACGACAGGUUGUCAUGGCUGGAAAUCCGGCCUAUAAUAUGGCACAAGUGCGACAUUACCGUGAGCAGGAACAGCAACAGUAUGCUCAAAUGAGUGAACCUAGUGGCAGCGGUAUCAAUCGGGGUACGAUUAUUAGCGAAGCACAAAAGCGUUUCAUGGACAACCCAGUGGAGAUAGUAGAACUAGAUUAAAACCUCCGACAGACACAUAAAUUAUUUUAGGACAUCUUCACAUCGGCCGGUUAUAUGUUCUCCCUCACGCGACGACGGGAUUCGGGGAAAUGUGCAGAAAUUGUCACACAUAUACAAGAUAAAAUUGGAUCUCAGAUUUUAGCCAGGUGUGAGAGCACGAUUUCAGAUAGGUAACUGUAGUGCUCGCAAAACUUCAUGUUUAUCGCAUAAUGAAUGUGUUGUUGUAUUUCUACAACUACAGGAUGAAUUUAUCUACCAUUGUAGCGAGCUCUUAUGAUUGAAUAAUUACCUAAAUUCAUAAGAUUUUUGUAUAUCUUCAUUUCCCUUCUUGUAUGGACUCCCACAACUAUAAACAUUCUUGGAGGACAAAUCCUAUUAGAAGUAAACGUAAACUAUCCACUCGAUGUACAUGGAAGUAUUGGAAGCAACUUGUGUUGAGAAAUCUAGCAAAUAAAGGAAGCAUCUCAACAUUUUAAA